AGGAGUUUUUAUUGUGAAGUCCACAAGGUUCCCCUCAUCUUUCUUCACUUUAGUUUUAAUCCUUACUGGGAAUAAAGCAACCUGAUCUAAAGGUCCUGACAGCAGCAGCAGAUUCGCUUCGCCCUUCAGCCAUCAUGAAAAUAGCAUCUUUUAACAUCCAGAAGUUUGGAAUAAACAAAGUGUCAGACCCAGAUGUCCUCAGUAUCCUGGUUAAGGUCGUGUCUAGAUAUGACAUCACUGUGAUCCUGGAGGUGGUGGACAUCAGUGGAGAGUCUGUAAAAAUCUUCCUAGAUGCACUCAACAAAGCCAACCCUAAACAUCACUACACCCUGAAGAUCAGCAGUCGUCUGGGCCGAACGCGCUACAAGGAGCAGUUCAUGUUCCUGUACAGGGAUGACUUGGUUGACCUGGUAGGCUCCUAUCAGUUUGAUGACCAGGUGACUGAGGGAGGAGAUGUUUUUGCUAGAGAUCCCUACAUCCUGCGAUUCAGAUGCCUCAAUACAGUACUGAAGGACCUGGUGAUGAUCCCAGUUCACACCAAACCAGAUGACUCGGAAAAGGAGCUGGAUGAGCUCUACGAUGUCUUCCAGCACAUCAAGAAGAAGUGGAGGACUGAUAACGUAAUGAUCCUGGGUGACUUCAAUGCAGAUGGCUUGUACGUCUCCAAGAAGGAGAUGAAGGGCAUCCGUAUCCGCAGUGACACAAACUUCCACUGGUUGAUUGGAGAUGAUGUUGACACCACUGCAAGCACCCGAAACAACCACACAUACGACAGGAUAGUGGUUUACGGAGAUGACAUGCUCCAGGCCGUCGUUCCAAACUCAGCCAAACCUUUCAACUUCCAGAAGGCAUACGGACUCAGUGAGGAGCAGGCUCUGAAAGUGAGCGACCAUUAUCCUGUGGAGGUCCAGCUGAAGACGACAAAUAACACACAUGAGGCACAUGAGGAGGAUGGUCAGACCGAGCAGCCACUUCAGUCGUUACUGUCGCGGCUCGUGGUUGUGGAUGAGGAUCUGAUGGAGCUGAAGAGAGGAAACCUGAUGCUGGAGAGGGAGAAGCUCAACCUGGAGAUCCAGAUCCUUCGGAUGAAAAUGGCCAGCAUGAACAGCAGCAGAAAUGAAGUUUAAACUCAGGAAGCCUGAUCCGUCCAAAACUCCCAAUAGAACAUUAAAAUCCUACCUUAACCCAUUACAUACAGAACCUCUCUGAGUGGUCAACUUGACUGUCAGACCAAACACUAGCUAUUCACCUGACACUGCGAUUGUUCUGGGUUCACACCACUGAUAUCUCAGGCUUCAUCCUGGAUUGCUGCUCCCUCGCCAAUAUGAACUGACAGAGAUGAACUCUUUUCAUGUUAGUGAAACUGGAUCAUGGAACUGGAUCAUGCAUUGCACAAGUCUGGACAAAUUCUACUAUUCUACUGUGACCUGACAGGUUUGGACCUAGUUGGGUGUCAUUUUAUUCACCAUCUUUUUAAACAAUAUGUUGAAUCAUUAAGUGGCAUCUUCUUUUGAAAGGUAAAGCCGGUAUCAUUUGAUUCAAAUAUCUUGAGGAGAAUUGCCUGUGAUGAUUAAAGAGAAUAAUCGCUUACUGAUUUUGUCACAGCACAGGCAGUACAGGAGGAAUUAUUUUUUAAUAAAGGUUGAAGGUUGCCUUUGAAGCUUCAGAAACCAGAAAACAAGGAAAUGCUAUAAACAAGAGCUACAUAGACGGUAUCAUAAAAGUUAAUUAGUACGGUAAUAAGGAAAAUGGAUCACAAUGUUUGUUUACAGUAACUACCAGGUCGAAAACCCACAACUCACAUACAUAAAACAAAAUGGUGCUAACGCUGCCUGUAUUGUUUUUUUGUGGCCCAAAAAUGAUCAACAAAAAUCAAUAUUGGUUCAAAUGGAUGCUAUAUUUGAUAUAUUUUCACUGCUUUAUGGUGCCGUCACAUAGCCCUUUCUGACAGGAAACUAAAGGCUGUUUCCUUAAAGCCAACAGACUCCACUGAUAAAAACUGAUUCUAUCAGGGGCAGAAACUGCUAGUCUGCCGCUGCCUUGAUUGAUUAGUGUGUAAGGUAAAAUGGAGAAAAUAUUUCAAAUAUACCACACACCUAAACUGAUACUGAUUUUUUUAGGGGUGGAUUAUUUCAAAUGGCUUAAAAAUGCUACAAUUUGCUGUGGCUUCCAUGCUGGUAGAUUUGGUUUAUCAAAGAUGCUAGUAAAAAAAUACUACAUAAAAUAAGCACAGCAGAAAUGUCAGACAGUUCGGACAACUGUGUUUAACUAUACAGGAGUUUCAGCUGAAAAUGACACCAGAAAUAAACAAGUUUGCCAGAUUCA